CUACAUAAGGGGGGUCCGACCGAACCCACCCCCGUAAACAUAUAUUUAUACAAUACACGUAUCGCACGUGUUUGACUAUUUUUCUUUGUUGUUGUUGUUGUUUUUCAUUUUCAACCGGUUUCCCACCCAGUCGAAUUUAUACCGAUUAUACAUACACUGGGUUCGUUUAUCACGGAAAAAAGAGUGCGUCCCGUAUACAGCUGUGGGCGCUCCGACAAGUUGGGGGGGGAGGGGUGCUUCGCGCGCGAGAAGAGGCGGCGGUGAGAGUGCGUGUCUAUCCAUCUCCUCUCGAAAAGCGCGAGGAGAGAGAGAGAGAGGGUAUAGUAAAUGAGUCACGGCGCCGCUGCUUCCUCCGUCGCGUACACCACCGCCGGCGAGCGUUUUCGGCCAGUCGGUCUUUGUACGCCCGGUGGUUCGGGACAAGCCCGGUGUUGCUCUCAUCAUUGAAAGUGUGAUCUUUUUUUCUUUGGUGCUCGCUUUUGGGGGGGUAAUGCACAAGCUCCGAGGUGAUUGAAACAACGACAAUUGUCGGCGGAACUUUUGCUUUCAUCAUGGUCAAUAACACCGAGGAAGGGAGCCGAGGAGGAGGACUGUCGGCCCGUUACUACAUGGCGAUGAUGGGCUCCGUCGGAUUGGCCAUUAUUUACGGCUUCAAAGUCAACCUGAGCAUAGCCAUAGUCGCGAUGGUCAACAGCACUGCCGUCAGAGAAAUGAACCUCAACAAGACUAUCCUCUCGCACAACGCCACCGUCAAGGUGCACAACCUGACGCGGAAUCCGAGCAGCGGUCUGGCGAGCGUGAGUUUGUCGGAUCCGAGGCAGCAGCAGCAGCAGCAGCGGGAAGAUGGGCCAUUCGUGUGGGACGAUAAUGAGGUGGGCCUGAUACUCAGCAUGUACUUUUGGGGCUACAUCGUGUCGCUGAUGCCCGGAGGGAUGAUGGCAGAGUACGUGUCCGCCAAGUGGGUGCUCAACGUCUCGGUUUUCCUCAACGUCGUUGCCUCGUUGCUUAUGCCCAUUGCCGCCGAGAUACAUUACGCCGCUUUCCUCGUCAUGAGGGUCAUCCAGGGCAUUGGUGGGGGUAUCAGUUUUCCCGCAGUUCACGUCAUGGUGGCCAAGUGGGCGCCGCCGAACGAGCGUAGCGUUCUCGCCUCCAUCGCAUACGCCGGAACUGCGAUCGGCACUGUCAUAUUUCUACUGGGCUCAGGUAUAAUCGCCAAGAAUCUCGGCUGGCAGUGGGUCUUCUACAUCGAGGGCUCGGUUUGCAUGCUGUGGUGCUUGGUGUGGACCUUCACGAUAAAGGACACGCCCGAGCAGCAAACGUUCCUCAUCACGAGCGAGGAGAGGGAGUACAUCAUGACUUCGAUCGGAACGACCAAGACGUCGCACAAAAUGAAAUUGUCGACAGUGCCGUGGUUCCAAAUAUUCAAGUCGCCGCCGUUUCUGGCCAUCCUGUUUGCCCACUUUUGCAGCAAUUUCGGCUGGUACAUGUUCCUCAUUGAACUGCCCACGUUCAUGCAGCAGAUACUCGCUUACAAGCUCGAAUCGAACACGUGGCUGUCGGCGUUACCGUUCUUCUUGAUGUGGAUAUUCACGAUGAUUCUCGGCAAACUUCUUGCCCGCAUGCAAGACAAAAACUGGAUCUCCGUAACGGUGUCGAGAAAAAUCGGAACGUUGUUCUCAUCGGCCAUUCCUAUGUUUUGUUUGCUCGGCGUGACGUACACCAGCGACAAGAAUUGGGCCGUCGUGCUGAUGACGAUUGGCAUCAUGUGCAAGGGUGGCAUGUAUUGCGGGUUUUUGGCCAAUCACAUUGACUUGGCGCCCAACUUUGCGGGCACGCUGAUAGCCAUCACAAACACUGUCGCUACAAUACCAGGGAUUCUCGUUCCUCUCAUCGUUGGAAAAUUGACUAGUGACGAUCACUCCAUCGAGUCUUGGAAAGUCAUCUUCUUCAUGACGGUAACUCUGUACGUUGUCGAGAUGUUGAUCUACACGAUGUUUGGUACCGGCGAGGAACAGCCGUGGAACAAAGUCAAGUCCAAAGAUCCCGAACGAACGGAACAAACCGUACCUCUGAAAGAAGCGAGACAUUAAUGUUUAAAA